UUUCCCCUUCCUUCUGCAUUUACAGGCAAAGUCUCUCUCUCUCUCUCUCUCUCUCUCUCUCUCUGCAAACGCCGAUGGCUGAGAGACCCAGAUUGCAAAUCCGUGACCUUCUAUUUCGCAUAGAUUAUUCCGCCUACAGCUUUACGAGUACGAGCUCGCUGAAGAUCGGCGAGACGCUCUGUGCGGUGUGCAUACCACUGAUUGGACUGGUCGAGGCUUUCAUCUUCAGCUUAGCUGGUUGCUUCGAUCGCCACCGUCAACCUCCCCGCCCUUCCUUCACCCACGACGAUGUUGUUCGACUCGCCGCCACCUCUCCAUUUAGUGUGAAUGAGGUGGAGGCAUUGCGCGAACUGUUUAACAAGUUGAGUAGUUCCGUGCUCGACGACGGAUUAAUUCACAAGGAGGAGCUGAGUUUGGCGCUUUUCAAGACUCCGGCUGGUGAAAAUCUUUUUCUGGAUAGAGUGUUUGAUGUUUUUGACGAAAAGAAAAAUGGGGUGAUUGAAUUUGACGAGUUUGUCCACGCGCUAAGUGUAUUUCAUCCGUAUGCUCCUCUUGAGGCCAAGAUUGAUUUCGCGUUUAGCUUGUAUGAUUUGAGACAAACAGGAUAUAUCGAGCGGGAAGAAGUCAGGCAAAUGGUAGUUGCUACUUUGUCGGAAUCCGGCAUUCAGAUGCCGGAUGAAACUCUGGAAGCUAUCGUCGAUAAGACGUUUGAGGAUGCCGACGCUGACAAGGAUGAGAAAAUUAGCAAAGACGAAUGGAAAGCUUAUGCUAUUCGGUACCCAGCAGUCCUAAAGAACAUGACACUUCCAUAUUUAAAGGACAUCACGACGGUUUUUCCAAGUUUUAUUUUCAACACUGGAGUCGAAGAUUGAAAAUGUUGAUAAUGCUCUGCUACCAUAAGCCGGAAAAUCAGAAUUGCUAUGACCAACAAAACGGAGCUGUGUUGAUACAGCUCAUCUUUUCAUAAUCGAUCGGAUGUCUACAAAACAAAACUUCUAAGUCAAUCUAAUACACUCUCGCUAAGAUAUGUACAAUGAAAAGGAGCUCUAAGAUAAGAAAAUGAAAACAAAUACAAGAGAAGCUGGUCCAUUGUCGGACUGCAACCUCGCAAGGUCCUGCGUGAGGGUCUGAACUUUUGUGCGCCAACCUCAAGCUGCAACAUCAUUCGGUAUUCAACCAGUCUCCGGUUAUCAGCCAAAAGUGUUCGAAUUUCAGCACGCUGCAUUUCAAGUUCUUCCUCCAACAUUGCAGGAUGGGGAAGCGGCCGCAUAGGAGGGCCUCGGCCAUUAGGUCCUUCAAUAGGAUAGCCACGCCGGUCCUUCAUUGCUUCGCGCCGAACACGAUGUCUCCCUGCCAUUGUAAGUUAUCCUGAAACCCACAAAUUUGUAGGAAAUAUCACCCUAAAGAAGGGGAGGAAAUCAACAUGUCAGUGACUGCUAAAUCAUUCUACAAACUAACAUUAUCUCCAAAGUUCCAAACUAACAUAUCCUAUGCGCGCGCGCGCACACAUCAUCAUGUAUAUAAUAGUAAUCAAGGUUUAAAAUGUCGAUAUUAUCGGCGAUAUUUCACUGAUAAAAUUGUUUUUGUGAGAGAUCGAUAUUUUGA